UAUUUUGUGUGGAUGUAUGGUGCAUUGUCCGAAGCUGCGUUCUCCUUCUCUGGGGCGAUCUGACAAUCACAUUCUUCCCUCUUCCUUCUCUGAAUCCGCCAAUCUCCUCGCCUCAGCGAAAAGCUGCUUCUCCUUUCCCCAAAGUCUGAGCUUCUUGAUUUCUCUCCCAAGCUGUUUCCUAGCUCUGAUUCGAUUUGCUGGCUUUCUGAGGAUGCUCUGUGUUUCUUUUAUUGGAUUUCAGCACGUGUACAGGGAUAGGAUUGAUGUAAAAGCUUGAGUUGUCAUUGUAUUAUUUGUAUUGUAGACCUUCUGAUCAAACAGAAAGCUUUGGCUAUUUUAUUUAGUCUUGUGUUUCGCUGUUUAUUUGUUUUUUGUUUAAAUUUUUCUGCUGGUGAUCUUGGUGGAACUACCCGAGCUUUGGAAGCUCGGGAUCUGAAGUUUGAUGGAGUUAGCGAAGGAGAAUCAGCGUUUUAUUAAUGAUGGAGCUGACCAUAAUUCCUGCAUCAUGCAGAAGUUCAAGCUCUAUGAAACUCGCUCGAAAUUUUAUAUGAUCGGGAGAGACAAAAGCAGAACCUCUUGGAGGGUCUUAAAGAUUGAUAGAUCGGAGACAGCUGAACUAAAUAUCACUGAGGAUUCGAUGAUAUACUCAGAAAUUGAGUGUUAUGAUCUUUUAAGACGGAUAGAUGAAGGAAACAGGUCAACUGGGGGCCUUAAAUUUGUGACAACUUGCUAUGGAAUCAUUGGAUUCGUCAAGUUUCUUGAGCCAUAUUACAUGUUGCUCAUAACAAAUCGAAGGAAGAUUGGCACAAUCUGUGGGCAUACAAUAUAUACCAUCACAAAGAGCGAAAUGAUUCCAGUUCCACAUCCUUCUGUGCGAUCCAAAAUGGCAUAUUCUAAAGAUGAGAACAGAUACAAGAAGCUUCUAUGCAGUGUGGAUCUUAGGAAGGACUUCUUUUUCAGCUACUCAUACCAUGUCAUGCGAAGCCUUCAAAAGAACUUAUCUGAUAAUGGUACAACAGGGCAAAAACUUUAUGAAACAAUGUUUGUUUGGAAUGAGUUCUUAACUCGUGAAAUCAGGAAUAACCUUCUGAACACUUCCUGGACAGUUGCUUUAGUGCAUGGCUUUUUUAAACAGGUUAAACUCUCUAUAUUUGAGAGGGAGUUCUACUUAACUAUCAUUGCUAGACGCUCGCGUCAUUAUGCUGGCACCAGAUAUUUGAAACGAGGAGUGAAUGAGAAGGGCAGAGUGGCUAAUGAUGUUGAGACAGAGCAAAUAGUCUUUGAAGAUGCUCAAGAUGGAUGCCCGAUGCAAAUAAGUUCUGUGGUACAGAUGCGGGGAUCAAUCCCUCUUUUCUGGUCUCAAGAAGCCUCUCCGUUGAAUAUGAAGCCUGACAUUAUAUUAUCAAAGGAGGACCAAAACUUUGAAGCUACGAGACUUCAUUUUGAAAACCUUAUCAAGAGAUACGGAAACCCCAUUAUUAUAUUGAACUUGAUUAAGACGCGUGAGAAGAAGCCUCGAGAAACUAUUCUCCGAGCUGAGUUUGCAAAUGCGGUCAGGUCCAUUAAUAAAACCAUGAGAGGGGAAAAUUGUCUCAGGUUCCUUCACUGGGAUCUGAAUCGGCACUCAAAAUGCAAGGCUACUAAUGUGCUGACACAACUGGGAAAAGUUGCUGCUUAUGCUUUAAAAUUAACGGGCAUCUUCCACUGUCAAGUGACUCCAAAUGUAAGGCCAGAGGGAUUAUUGCAAAAUUCAUUCUCUGACAAUAAUAUCGACGAUCUUUAUCCCACUCAGCAGGCUUGUAUUGAUGAGGAUGCUCCUAAUAGGGAAACCACGAUUAACAGAUAUUAUUUCAAUGAUGAUGUGAUUGGAGAAUACUGCGUCAAACCCUGCAUGCUUCAAUCAGGGGUCUUGAGGACUAAUUGCAUAGACUGUUUAGAUCGUACUAAUGUUGCCCAGUAUGCUUAUGGAUUAACUGCUCUUGGACGCCAGCUACAGGCUUUAAGAUAUUUGGAAUCUCCAUAUAUUGAUUUUGACAACCCUUUGGCGGUAGAGUUAAUGGCUGUCUAUGAGUCAAUGGGUGACACAUUAGCAUUGCAAUACGGGGGUUCUGCAGCACACAAUAAGAUAUUUUCUGAGAGAAGAGGUCAAUGGAAGGCAGCCAUGCAAUCCCAGGAAUUUCUCAGAAGUCUGCAGCGCUAUUACAACAAUACAUACUUGGAUAGUGACAAACAAAAUGCAAUCAACAUAUUUUUGGGGCAUUUUCAGCCACAGGCGGGAAAACCAGCAUUAUGGGAGUUAGAUUCAGAUCAAUCUUACAAUGUUGCCAAGCAUGGUUCAAUUUUAGCUGAUGAUAAUAUUAGGUCAGCUGUCAAAAGAUCGUUAUCAGAUGGCAAUAUUGUUUGUGAAAGUGACACAAGUAGGAACAUGGAUGAUACAAACAGUCAGCAUUUAUCUGAAAAAGCUGAUGACCAAUGUCUUUCAGAGUCUGAUCCGGAUGUCUUUGCUUGCGGAAGUGAUGUUUGUCAAUACAGGCAGAUGCGAAGGGGAGUUUUGGAGGGCCGAUGUUGUGAAAGUGAUCACAUUUGUUAUGACGAACAUGGGGAUGCCUGUGACUGCUCAAAUUUUCUUGACGUGGACUGGCUUUCAUCUUCUGGAAACUCUUGUGAAGAGGAAUUACUUGAAAGCAGGAAGGUUACGGUAUCUGAGCUUAAAUUGGAUUACUCUAGCAGGUCAACCAGCAUCUCAUCAGAGAACGUUGCAAAUGAACUGAGAACUGAGGGGACUGCAUCUGGAAAUGAAUCUGGACCCAGCACGAAGGCGAGGAAGCAGAGUGCCCCAGAUCUCAACAAAGAUGGUGGUUAUGCUGAAAAAUUUUCGCGCUGGAUAACUCAUGGAGAGAUGCUUUAUGUCUAGGUCUUUGUGUCUUUUGCCCAUAUUUCCACAUCCGAAGGAUGUGAUUUCCUGUACAGAAAUAAUGGUAAGAUGUCAUCCAAAUGCAAAUAGCAGCGGCAUUGCUGAGUUUUGUUUGGGGGCAUCAAAAGAUCUGAAAAAUAUAUUUUUGCCCCAAAGAUCUUCAUUCAUUUAGGCAUCAAAUGGGAGGUAACAUUAGAUGUCGUUAUUGGCAAUUCUUUCCGCUCCUCAUAGGUCUGCUCCCUAGAUACUCUAGACUUGGCUGAAUAUUCAACCCUGUGUACAAUUUUCAUUAGAGAAAGUAACUUUUCGCCAUUGAAAUUAUUAUUAGCUGCUUUGACAAGUAA